GUUUCAAAAGACACGCCAAACAGUGUGAAACGUUCUCUCGAUCGCUGCGGAAUAAAAUCGUUCUAUAACACAGCAAGCAGCCAAACAAAGUUCGACAGAUCGCCUUUUUCAAAUCGAAAAUAAAAGUAGAAUUUUAUUAAUUAGUUUCCAAAACUCAAAAGAACAACAGACCCACACACACACAGCCAAGAUGCACAGCAAAUUGUUGGACGAGCUGAAUGAGAACGGCUACAUAGUCAUCGAGGACUUCCUUACCCCCGAGGAAGUGGAUUCCCUGUUCCAGGCUGGACGAGCUCUGUGCCUGGAGGCGCCACAGACCAACCGAAAGAUCUUCAGUACCAUUAAGGCUGAGGAUGCCCAGGGCAAGGAGCUGUACUUUAUGGAGUCGGGCGACAAGGUGCGGUACUUCUUCGAGAAGGGAGCCGUGGGUGAGGAGGGUCAGCUGCUUGUGGAUCCCAUGAUUGCCCUCAACAAAGUGGGCCAUGCCCUGCACGUGGAGCAUCCCGUCUUCAAUGCCAUAACCUUCAGCAACAGGGUUCGCGAGAUCUGCUGGCAGCUGAACUACAACCGUCCUGCCGUCUGCCAGAGCAUGUACAUCUACAAGAACCCGGGUGUGGGCGGGGAGGUGACCCCGCACCAGGACUCGUGGUUCCUGCACACCGAUCCCAACUCGGCGGUGGGCUUCUGGCUGGCCCUCGAGGACUGCACUCUGCAGAAUGGCUGUCUGCAGUUCAUCAAGGGAUCGCACAAGAGCGGCGUACACAGGAGGUACCUUCGCAAUCCGGACAAGGAGGCCACCGAACUGAUGGUCUACGACCGGGCGGCGCCCAUCUAUCCGCAGUCCAGCUUUACUCCAAUGCAAGUCAGCAAGGGAACCUGCAUCCUCAUCCAUGGCAAUGUCGUCCACAAAAGCGAGCCAAAUCGCUCCCAAAAGAGCCGCCACGCCUACACCUUCCACGUGAUCGAGACUGAGAACAACGUCAAGUAUUCGGAGGACAACUGGCUGCAGGCGCCGAAGGACAAGCCAUUCCCCGUCCUGUUCGAGCGCAAGGAUUGAGGCAGCCCGUCGUGACUCGUGUUUCGGUAUUUUCGCAUAUAAGUUUCUAGUGAAUCCCUAAGUUCUGAUGUACAUACACGCCACGAUGUAUGGAUGUAAUUGUAAAUGUAACAAAUAAAUGAAGUAUGUAUAUUUUGUA